GAGUGUAUCUAUGUGUGUAUAUAUAUAUGUGUAUGUGUACGUCCUUGCUUAUAUUAUACGUUUGUCUACAUAUAAACAGAAUCCCUCCUCAUACGCACGAUCGUCAGUCAAAGUACAUCGCUAGAGUCAUCAACGCCAUCUCUUUUAUAAACUUAUUCCAAUCAACUUUGUCGAUUCAUUCUAUCUCCUAUGACAGAGGAAAGAUUUUUUUCCUUUCGAUUAUAUUCCGAUUAAUAAUAAUAAAACAUGCGCCAAAUUAUAAUUUUCCAAGGAUCAAGCUGAAAAAUAUAACAUGCGUCCAUUGCAAAUGUCUAUUUAUCGUACGAGAAGUUUUAACAUUGCGUGGAAAACAAAUUCCUUUGUUAAUGGAAUGUGGACAUUCUAUUUGCUAUGGGUGUGCAAAAUUAUAUCCUGAUAUAUCUUGCUCAUUGUGCUGUGAGCAUGUGGAAAUUAAUGAGAAAAAAAGUGAAAUGUAUCCCUUAAAUAUUUAUACAUUGGGUUUGUUAUUUGUUGCAAGUCAUCAACCAUACUUAUUAGAAGAACCAGAUAUUUCUUUUACUCAAACAGUUGUUCCAAAAGCACGGCUAUUUCAAAUCGCAGUGAAUUUUAUUCUUGAAAAAGGUCACUGUCAUGAAUGUGAAAUAGAAGCUACCUUAAGAUGUCCACAAUGUAAUGCCCUUUAUUGUCAAACAUGUUAUUCAAAGAUACAUGGAAAGGCUUUACAAAAUCAUUCCAAAAUUUUAAUUAAUGAAAUAAAAGAUAUGCCUUUGACAAUAUUCAGUGUUUGUUCUAAUACUUGCAAUGAAUAUGCUGGUUAUUUUUGUAACGAUUGUAAAAUAUCUAGUUGUUCACAUUGCAUGUUACGUUAUCACUCAAAGCACAAUCAUAUAUCAUUGUUAGAAAAGAAUCAAGAAUUAAUGGAUAGCUUUAACAAAGCUUACAAUGAUGUUGCAGAGAGUCUACACCGUGUUCUUCAAACAUUAAAGCUUAGCUUCCAUUUCCUUGAAUUUGAUCUCUAAAUAUCGAUCGACCUCCGGACCGGUAAAAUCUUCCGGGAAUUUUGGCAUUAUCGGAAGUAUAUAUUUGUAUAGGCGUUCGUUUAAAACGUACAAUUGUGUCGUAGAUUCGCAUUUGACAUUGAACCACCAAUCGCAUGUUAAUGCAACUUGACUAAAGAUAGUACCAUUUGGACAUAAGAAUGAUGAUUUGCCUCCAUUAAGAUCGCAAUAAUGCCAUACCUUGGAACAAAAAAA